AUGAAAGACGAGACAUUGGUCAGAAGGCGAGCACGGCAAGCUCGUUUGCGCGAGAAGCGCAGCUUCCACAUCUGGGCUGCCACCGCCACCGCAGACCUUGUCCAGAAGCCCAUUCGGCCACUGACCGACGUGGCAUACAGUCGUAUGCUACAGGAAUGGGACUUCUUUGCAUCAGAAUCGGAGCACCAUGUAUCGCCCCUUGACGUGGCCACACUGAAGAAAUUUCUGAAGUGGUACUGCGAUGGAAGGAAAGGUCGCUUGACGGUUCAGACGUCAGACAGCGAUGAGGAUCAGCGGAUUACGCAGGAUUCGGCCUACUCCUGCUGGAAAAGCUUCAUGUCGGCAUGGCAUCGCCGCUCCGGAGACACCUUCUCCAAGAGUAUUCAGAACACCAUUGAAACGCUGAUCUAUGGAGGAGAUGGCAACUGGCUGAACCUCCGCACCGCUCGUCGACCCACGCGCAACUUUACGCUGACAGAUUUCCAGGCCUGUGUGCGGCAGUUGUGGCAGAAUGAUUGGUACGACUUCCGCUGUGAGGCAUAUCGAGUAGGGCUCCACCAAAUGAUGCUCAUGCAUACCGGGACUUCCGCUCGAUCGGCUGAAUAUGUGAUGAAUCUGCGAUACCGUGAUACAUUACUUUAUCAGGUGUGGUUCGAAGAUCGUCCGCAGCCGCAGCUGGUCAUCGAUCUGUGUCGUAACCACACCAAGGGCCUCGCCAACCUUCCCCGUCAACAGCCGGAACAUCUCCUCUAUGAGUUGGUCGACCUCCCGUUCUAUUACAACACUGUUGCAUUCUUCGUGGCCGGUCUUCUGGCUGUACAGGGGCUGCGCAAUUUUGACACCUGGUCCGGCCUGUGUGCGGUGGAGAAGCCGCCGGAUCGCCAUUUCCUGUGCUUGGAUUACACCGACGACGUGCUUGACCGGCAUGUCUACGCCCGAUACAACGCAAAAUCAGGUGGUGAGACCAAAGCCGCGACUUCGCUCGUCGGCGCCCUAGGAUUACUCGGCCAGCGCGCGGGUUUUCGCGACAGGCCGACGCCGGGCGCUAUCCGUCGUGAAGCACUCUUGCAAGUGGACCGAUAUGGUUAUUCGAUCAAUGAGCGGAUGCGGCAUGCCGAUCAUCGUAACGCCAAUACAUAUGGAGGGUACUAUCAGAAUGCCAUCUCGACAGUCGAUGGACAGGCAACGUACUUUGGACUGGAGCAACAAUUGCCAGUGUUGCACGAACUCUUUCGCGGAUUCUCCAUUCGUCGUGACUACCAAUUCCGGCCAGAAGUGCCAUUGCGGUUGCAAAGCCAGAUGAACGAUACGCGGCUCGUGGUUGAGAACGACAGUGGUCCUAUGGACCGGCAAGCGCGCCAGAAAAUUUAUGAUGGUCGUCGUCGCCAGCGAGACAACGUCCUCCGCGCAGACCAACAACGCAGGAGCAAGGAAUCGACCACCUCGGAAGUCUGCGCUUACGAGUCCGACUUUCAGCAAGCCCGACGUCUGAUGCCGGAGCGGGACCGACUUGCUGAGAGCCUCUUCCAAAGCGGAUCUUUGAGAGACGCUCAGGGAAUCGAGAUCAUGAAGGACCUGGUGGCACUGUUUUCCUCUCGGAACUCGGACACCUAUUGUGUCGAACUCAACAGUUCGCGGUCACGCUGUGAUACCUGCGGCGUCGUUCGCCCGGAGAGUACCACCCAGGAGUGGUGGCGUCACGUCUAUCACUGCCGCAAGGGACAGUCUGAGCUUGCAGGCGGGUUCACUGACUUCUGCUUCCUGUGCUUUGCUUGGUUUGACGAUAUGGAUGCAUGGAAUGAGCACAACAAACAGCACAGUCAGAAUAUGCCGCUCAAAUGCAGCUUGGCCAUGUUCCGGGGUACAGUUCUGCGGCCAGCAUGGUGUCCGGACUGCACAGGCAAGCACGGAGCGUCCGGUGAAGAGGCUAAAGGGUUGACAAAGUUUCUCAACGUGACCGCUUGGAAAGCGCACGUGGACGAGCACAUCCAUGGACUGCGACCCGGACCGUACAAGUGUGCCCACCCGCGCUGCUCGGAUAUGCUGGGGUUCUCGUCAAUGGCCGAAUAUCUCGCCCAUCGGUCUGAUAUUCACCUUAUUCCUCCGCCGAAUGCUAAGGCCAAAGGGGCAAUUGGAAGAGUCAAGAGAAAGCAUACUGGUGAUGCUGUCAAUGAGGCAAGCUACACUGCGAAACGCCCCCAGCUCGGCCUCAGCAGGUCAUCUUCGCGCAGUUCAGCUUGCGCAGCCUCCGAGGAAACUUCCACGCCAUCAGCCACUGAUUCAUCUCCUGAACCAUCAUCGCCACGUUCUGGUCGAGAAGAACAGGUCUUGACGGAAGAAGGCGAUGGUAAUGGCGCUUACGAAGAGAAGAGUGCAGCUCUCGCAGCGAUGAAUGCUAUGUCUCCGACAUUAGCAAAUGGAUCUGCAUCUCCAUCGUGGUCGGCUUCGUCAUCUUCGUUGCGCGGACAGUUUGAAUUGCCUGAGUCUGGAAAGAAUCAGUACGGUAGAGGCCAGGGAGGCCUGCCGGGCGAGCUAUCCAGAAUUGCCAAAUCUAGACCUACCACCAUUGAAGUCGUCAUCCCAGCUGGCCCGCAGGGUUGGGACGAUGUGCCUUUAGUGCGCUGCGUUGAAAAGUCCGACGAUGGAGGAGGCGAGCACACAAUCCGCAAGCAAGUGUCCGCAAGCAAGGACUUAGAUGAGCCCCAGGCUGGUGAUGUUGGGCGCCUCUUGAAUCCCCCCACUCAGUUGUCGCCGAGCAUGAGGAGGUCGAAGAAGGGACAUGUCGAUAUGGCAACAAGUUCAAGCAGUAGGAGCCGGAAACAUACAGAGGUCUCUGAAGCCUUCGUCCGAAGGAGAAACGCGAUUUCUGAAAUGCAUGCCCGUAUUCAAGAACGUCGCAAGUCGCGCCUGAAGAAAGCUGCUGUAUCGUCUAGGUAG